AUGGAAAAUUCACAUAAAGAAAAAAAUAUCCCUGAAAUAAACAAUUGUGAAAGUUUCAAAGAGUUUUAUUUAGAUAUAUUGAACAAAAAGAAAGUGUUAUAUAAAUAUGUUUUCACAUGGAAUAAUUACAAAUUUAAAUUUAAAUUAAUGUCAACUUAUUAUGAAUAUUUAAUUAUAUGUAAUCAAAUGCUAAGAGAUGUUACAACAUGCAAUAUAUUUUUUGGGCCAUCUUUAUUUUUUGAAAUGAUAGGGAAAUCUUUUUAUUAUCCUUAUGUUUUAUACAUUUAUGAUAAUAAUAAUAAUGUUCCUUAUCAAAACACAUCUUCAUAUAUUAAUACAGUGCAAUUUGAGAAAUCGCUUAUAUUAAAUAUUGAAGAUAUCAUAAAAAAAGGAAUUGAAAAAAAUAAUCGAUAUUUCAAAAAAAGCAAUAAAGACUAUAAUGCUAGUAAAACUAUUUUAGAUCCAAAUGAUAUUUAUUCGGAACUACAAAAUUACAAUUUAAAAAAUAAAAAAAUUGUUGGUUAUGUAGAGAUAUAUUUGUUAUUUCACAUGGGAAGAUGCUUUGAUUCAAGAAUCGAACGACUUGUAGUUCAUAAAGAAUAUAGAAAUAAAUCAUUUGGUCUAUUAAUUAUGUACAUAUGUAUAUAUAUAUUGAAAUAUUUAUAUUAUUGCAAUAGAUGUGAUUUAAAUGUAGAAAAUGAAAUUGCUUUAAGAAUAUACAAAAAAUUAAAUUUUGUUAAUAUACAAACUGAAGUAUAUAGAUUAUAUUUGCACUGUAGUUAUAAUUUUUUGCCAAAUAAUUUUUUAACACAAAAUGAUAAAGAAAGUAUUCAAAAGUUUAUGAAUUCAGUUAGCAAGGAGGCAACAAAUUAA